AUCCUCCAUUUUUUUCCCCUCACUAUUUCUCUUCUUCCAUACAAUAAAAUUCCACUAAAAAAAAAAAUCCUUGAAUACCAAAUUUAACCAAUCGAAUUUUCAAUCUUGCGUUCGUAUACCUCUGACAAAUGCCAGGAACUAUACAAGUUUCAGUUCUGGGUCUUAUUGAUGUUCACACAGCUUCUUCAAACACUUCCAUUAAAGUUUCUAUGGGGAAGCUAGAGUAUCGAACUUCAGAUUCAGGAGACUACAUUUUUCCAGUUACGAGGCUCCGAGAAAAUUUGAUCGUUACCCUGUUAGAUGUCAAUGGAAACCAGAUAUUACAGAAAGAGAUAGAGACAAGAAUGAUAAUAGAGAAUGGUUUCUUGGAAGAGAAACUUUCAUUCAAUGGCUAUGGAAAUGUACAAUUGAAAAUGGAGUUUGUUCUCAGUGAAGAAGAUCGAAAUCGCAUACGUUUCCUGAGACAAUCGGCAUUGCGAAAGAAGCACGAGGAGCUUGUUAAUGGCAGUUCUUUUACCAAAUCUAAAAGCAUUGCUUCAGAUUUGUCUUCUUUAAGUUCAAUGCAUACCCGAGACAUCGUCGCUGUUGCUAAUAAUCCAAACACAAAUCUUGGUCUGUCUCAAGAAACCGAGCUUAAAAAUAAUGCAGAUAGAGAUACGGUUUCGUCAAAUCUUAUAAUAUGGAAGCCUGAAGUAAAAGAUAGAGUUGAGAAGACGAAAAUUCAUCUAUCUUCAUCAGAUGUUUCUUCAAGCAAGAAGCUUCCGGAGGUUAAAAAAACUGCAAGUGUAUCGUUAGUGAGGCAAGAAGAUAAGGGUUUGAGCAAACCAAGCAAGAAACUCCAUGAGGUUAAAACCCCGGAGAGAGUAUUGUUAGUGAAACAAGAAGAUAAGGGAUUGAGCAAAUCAAGCAAGAAGCUUACGGAGGCUAAAAACUCCGAGGGUGUAUCGUUAGUGAAGCAAGAAGAUCCAGCUUUGAGCAAACCGGAAAGAAAUCCUAAACGGAAGUCAAUGAGGCGGAGUAUGUCAGAUACAAGUUUGAACAAUGUGCGGAAAAUGAUUAGCAACUUUGAGGUCAAAGUUACUCAGGAUACCAAAGUUCGGACAGCGAAGAUUCAAACUGGUUCUUGUAAAGAUACGGAGGAGAAAACUAAGGCGCAACCACAAGCGGAAAGCACUGUGAAUAUAGAGAAACCGGAAGAAAGGAAGAUCAUAAGCUUUGAGAAUAUGGAGAUGUCAGUGUGUAGAGAUAAAAGAGAUAGAUGUGAUGAUUUAGUAAUAGUUCCAGGAGAUGAAAGGUCAAUAGUUAUAGAGGAGAAGAGUCUUGAACAGAGCAUUAGAAGAAGUGACUUUUUAAGUACGCAAAGACGAAGUUCGGUGGUGAAAGUAAGGGAUGAUGAGAAGACACCACACAAAUCUGUGUGUUUGAAAGAUUCUCAAAUUGAGAAUGCACGAGGAUCUCGUCUCUGGAUAUUUCCAGAUGAGGCAAAAGAUUUGUCUUGCGAAACAGAUAUAGGAACAAGACAUUUGGAUUUAGCAGAAGCAAAUUUGUUACAAAAAAGGAUAGAAGAGUCUACUAGGGACGACAUCGGUGAGAGGGGAUUCCGCUCCAUAAACAUCGCGAAAAUAGAUAGUAACAACAAGUGGAAGAACAUAGAGCGAUCGAAGAAACAAAAGUCGGAGAAUUCUGCAGAGUCAGAAAGUUCAGGACGACCUGUUGGACAAGUGAUGCGUGCGUUGAUCGUGGCGGGUUUUGCAGGGUUAGUGUUUUUGACACGACAAAGAACUUAAACAGAUGAGUUAAAGCUUCAUUUGAGAUCGUUUAUAUUGGAUCAAUUCUUUCAAAACCAGUCUCUUAUACAUGUAUUAUUGCACAUAAUAAUAGUUUUCAAUAAUAUGCUUAUAGGCCAUUAUAAAAAAUAAAGCUUUAAAGCCUACAAAGAUUGAUAAGACUUCUAAAAACAGUACUUCUAAAACCAGACUUCUAAAUGUAUUAUUGCACAUAACAGUUUUCAAUCAA